AUGCGAUUUAGUGGUAACGAUGAAUACAAACAAUCGGAGCUUACCAAUAAAGCAGGAGUAGGUGAUGACGAGUGCGAGAACGCGUAUUCGCCUCGACCGUCAACACCUAAAAAAUCUUCACCACCAACACCCACAAGAACACGACGUCAUUCCUUAAAAUCAGAAGAGAAGUAUAAUCUGUCUUCGCCGCCAAAAGGCUACACUCCAAACAAAAUUGUUACCCCUGCAGAUGCUGCCGCUGUGCUGGCUGCCUCACUGACAUCACACAAAGACAAUUUUAUAAACUAUGAUAGUAAAAAAUUAUAUUAUUCUCAUCCAUAUAAAUAUAACGAAGAAAAGCCAUCCAAAAGACAGUUAAGGCGUA